AUGUCGAAGGCCAAUGUCUCCAGUGUGAGCAUAUGUGCAGAGCAAAGUUCAAGGCCUAUAGAUCUGCCAGUGAGCGAUCUUGACUUAGAUAGCACUAUUGAUGAAAGUAUUGAUCAAAGUGCAGUGAACCGCGCGAUUUUAAUGAGUUUGAAUCGCUUAAACGAAAAUUUUACAAGCUUUACUGAGCAAUAUCAGGAAGAUGAUGUUGAAACAGAUUCUCAGCCAACUGACGACCAUGUUGAGAAUCCAGAAAAUGUCGAUAUUCAGGCGGACAUUGAUAGUUUAAUUCAAUCAGGCGGACAAGUUGACCGU